GACCAGAAGUCGCGGUAACCACUGAUUUUGCUACGCGGUUUCUCACUGAAGUUCGGGAAAUGCAAGUUCUAGUCUUGCUAGUGGCUCUGCUGAGUGUGUGUUCUUGGACUACACUAAGUGUGGAUGGUGUGACCAUCUCUCUGAAUGGCGAGCCUAUUCCAAACAAUAACAUAUCAAGGAGAAGUGUGUACGACUUUGAGUUUGUGAAUUCAAAUGGUGAUUUCGACAGAGCUAUGAGGUGUCGGUCUGAACUGCCUGAUUCUGAAGUCAGUCAAUAUACUAUGUAUGUCAUGUUGGUGAUGGAGAUAGUCCAGUCGCUUGUGGUUGGCCAGACCAUGACCACAUAAGUUUGUUGCUGGUAGUAUAACUCGAGGAUGGAGUGGAAGGAGAGUAGCUGAUGAAGGUGGUCGUAGAGUACACUACUUGUGGAGAAGGUCGGAAACUCCAGAGGAAGGAUAUAUCAACUGUCAUUUUCGUGAUGACACUAACCCUGUAUUAGGACUGUACGUCCUCUACCCCAUCACUGAGGUAACUGCAGCUAUUGAGGUGGAGGCAGGAACAUUGACAUUCAGAGUGAGGUGUACCUCCACUGGUGGUAGAGCUCUCAACAUGGCCGUCUCUGGACCUAAUGGAUACAACUCUGACAUCAGUACCAACAUACAGCCAGUGGGUACUCCACAGUUUCUGAGUAAUGACAGGUACACUGCCAGGACUGAAAUUAUAUCCGGUGGCAGAGAUGGAGAUGUAUUCCAAUGUAAUGUCACUAGUGUUACAUCAACAACUGCUAAUGUAACUGUGAGAGUAGGUACUCGACCCAUAAUCUCACUGGAGCAAACAGCUCUCACUACUGUUAGAGUGACCUGGUCUCCAACACCAGAACUCCCUGUGUCGUACAGAGUACACUAUCUCAUAGCUGGGGGAACUGGUGGAAAUGGGACUAAGACCGUUGCUGCAGACACAGCUAGUACUGAAAUCACUGGUCUCACUAACAGAGAAACCUACAUCAUCUCAAUAGAAGUUGUUUCCGGCUUGCCUGAUGUCAUUCCUGCAGUUGCUGAAGAGAUUAUUACCCUUGCUCCAGAUGCUCCCGAAAGGGUAGUAGUUACUGCAGAAUCAGCCAGUGUCAGAGUGUCCUGGGAUGCAGUAGAAGAUGCUGACAGAUACACUGUCACAUUUUCUCUAGUUCGGGGAUAUUACCAGCAGGGGCUGUGCAACCCUACCAACUCUCAUACUGCCACUCUGACAGUCAGUGCUCCCUCCACUACUGUCAGUAUUGCUGUAGGAGGAGAUGUGGGGUCAACAGUGACUGAUAUGUUGAGAGCGUACACCACAUAUGAGGUGACUGUGAAUGCAGUCAGUGAUGUUAGAGGUACCAGUCGACCCAGGGAGACCAGGAGAGUUCUAACACCACAGACAAGUGCAGGAGAGGCUCCGGGGGAUGUGAGAGCAGAGGCUGAGAGCUCCACUGAGAUCUCUGUCCAGUGGAGUGGCCUCUCCAACUGUAGACUGGUCAAUGGUCCAAUCACUCAGUACAGAGUUCAGUUCACUGCCAACGGCAGAGCUGAGACCGUAGACCAAGUGCUAGGAGAUGGUGAAGAUUGGAUGAGUGGAGGACGAGUUACACUGACUGGACUCACUUCCCUAACCAACUACUCCAUAUCAGUAGCUGCUGUGAAUGAGAAUGCAGAUGUUGGACUGUAUUCUGACCCUUUAACCGUACUAACUCUGCAAGCAAGUAGGUCACCUGUUACAGUACAAUGUCCUGUAAGUGUAGCAUACUGACGAUUCUCAGUGAUAGCUG